CCUCUUUCAUUUGCUCAUUGCUAACUUCAGCAUCUUUUACAAGAUGUUGAACAGCGUUGUGGACUCUAUCAAGGAGAAGCUUGAGGGGGGGAAUGAGAAGGCCAAGAUCAAAGGAACGGUUGUCCUCAUAAAGAAGAACGUCUUGGGUUCGAGUGAUUUCAAUGCCUCCAUCCUCGACAACAUAUAUGAACUCGUGGGGAAGCAUGUUUCGUUCGAGCUCGUGAGCGCAACUGUUUCGGACCCGAAUGAUAUGAUGAAGGGAAAGGUAGGGGAGCAAGCACAUCUCGAAAAUUGGAUAUCGUUUCCUAGCUCUAUAGCAGCCGGAGAGUCGACUUUCGCUGUUACAUUCAGUUGGGAGGAGGAGCAAGGAGUCCCAGGGGCUGUUAUAGUGAAGAACAACCAUCAUUCUGAGUUCUACCUCAAGAGCCUUACUCUUGAGAAUUUUCCAGGAAAAGGAAGGAUUCACUUUGUGUGCAACUCUUGGGUUUAUCCUGUGAAGUACUACAAUUACGAUAGGGUCUUCUUCACUAAUAAUACUUACCUCCCCAUCAACACCCCGAAAACUCUAAAGCAAUACAGAAAGGAAGAGCUUCUACACCUGAGAGGAGAUGAAAUACACGGGGAACUUCAGACACAUGAUCGGAUUUACGGAUAUGCUUUCUAUAAUGAUCUCGGUGAGCCCGAUAAGGGCCCAUCUUAUGCCCGUCCCGUUCUUGGCGGGUCCCAAGAGUACCCUUACCCUCGCCGAGGACGAACCAGUCGUCCACCCACCAAGACAGACCCUAACACUGAGAGUCGAUUACCGGGCAUAGGUCUUGACAUUUACGUCCCUCGAGAUGAAAGAUUUGGGCAUCUCAAACUGUCUGAUUUCUUAGGAAACGCUAUCAAGGUCCUUGCUGAAGCCCUUGUGCCUGCACUCAAUGCUCUCUUCGAUAAAACGCCUCUGGAGUUCGACACGUUUCAGGACGUUCUGAACCUUUAUGAGCGUGGAAUCGUGUUGCCUGAUUGCCCUGAACUCGAUGAGAUCAAGGAUGGGUUCCCACUUGAGUUGAUAAAGGAUCUUUUGCCGAGCUCUGGGGAACACCUCUUCAGGCUCCCCACGCCAGAUAUUAUCGAAGAGGAUAAGUUGGCUUGGAGAACCGACGAAGAAUUUGGUCGGGAAAUGCUUGCUGGCGACAACCCUGUAAUCAUCAGCCGGCUUCAAGUAUUUCCUCCAACAAGCAAACUCGACCCAGAAAUGUACGGUGAUCAAAGAAGCUCCAUAACAGCAUCCCACAUUGAGAAGAACCUAGAAGGUCUCACAGUUGAUCAGGCCCUUAGCACCCACAGACUAUUCAUAUUGGACCACCAUGACACACUCAUGCCCUACUUGAACCGCAUCAACUCCGACACUUCAAGCAAGAUCUAUGCCACAAGAACCCUCCUCUUCCUCAAAGAUGAUGACACUCUUAAGCCACUCGCAAUCGAGCUCAGCCUACCAAACCCCAAAGGUGAACAUCUCGGCGCAAUCAACAAGGUUUUCACGCCAGCCAAUGAUGGCAUCGAUGGAUCAAUCUGGCAUCUGGCUAAAGCUUACGCCGCUGUCAACGAUUCUGGGGUUCAUCAGCUCAUCUCACAUUGGUUGCAUACUCAUGCAGUGAUCGAACCAUUUGUGAUAGCAACCAACCGACAACUGAGUGCGCUGCACCCAAUUUACAAGCUUCUGAGUCCUCACUACCGUGAUACUAUGAACAUAAAUGCACUAGCUCGUCAAAUCCUUAUCAAUGGCAAUGGCAUUCUCGAGGCUACGGUCUUCCCAGGAAAAUAUUCUAUGGAGCUUUCCUCUUUUAUGUACAAGAACUGGAAGUUCACUGAUCAAGCCCUCCCUGCCGAUCUCAUUAAGAGAGGCAUGGCUGUAGAAGACUCAACUCAACCAAACAACAUCCGCUUACUGAUCAAAGACUAUCCUUACGCUGUGGACGGGCUAGCCAUAUGGUCAGCUAUCCAGAUAUGGGUCCAAGACUAUUGCUCGAUCUAUUAUACCAACGAUGAAACUGUAAAACAUGAUGAUGAGCUCCAAGCAUGGUGGACGGAGAUUAGAGAGGUAGGGCAUGGAGAUAAGAAGAAUGAGCCAUGGUGGCCAUCAAUGAACAGCCUCUCAAACUUAACAAAUACAUGCACUACAAUAAUAUGGGUAGCCUCAGCUCUUCAUGCAGCUGUUAACUUUGGUCAGUAUCCUUAUGCUGGGUACCUCCCUAAUCGUCCUACAAUAAGUCGUCAGUACAUGCCAGAACCGAGCUCUGCCGAGUACGAAGAGCUCAAAAGGAACCCUGAUAGGGUCUUUCUAAAGACAAUCACGAGCCAGUUACAGACGAUACUUGGAGUGUCACUUAUUGAGAUUUUGUCAAAGCAUUCAUCGGAUGAGGUGUAUUUAGGGCAAAGGGAUACAAAGGAGUGGACAGCGGACGACAAUGCACUGGAGGCGUUUAAGAGGUUUGGAAAUAGACUGCUUGAGAUUGAGAAUAGGAUAAUUGAGAUGAAUAAAGAUGUGGGGCUUAAGAACAGGAAUGGGCCAGUGAAGUUGCCUUAUACAUUGCUGUAUCCGAGUACGUCUGAUUUUUCGAGGGUUGGAGGGUUAACUGGUAGGGGAAUUCCUAAUAGCACUUCUAUUUGAGAUACUUCUUAUAGUUUGUGAUGGGUGAUAGUUUGAGCUUUUCACGUAAGAAUUAUAUAGUUAGUAAAUAAAUAAAAAUCAGGAGGGGGCAAUCUAAUGGACUAUUUUCAUGUAAAACCUGUCUAAGUAAUGUUCAUAAAGAAGCAGGUUGGCAGCAUAUGCUUGUGUAUCGGUUAUCAGGAGCUAAAAGAAUGACGGUGUGAAAAAACAAAUACCAAUUGCCACUGAACAAUGACUUCUUCAAUUAGCUACAAGAGCAUGAAGUGUUUUCCAAGUCUUUAAUCUGGUUACUUUCAAUUAAAGGUCGAGAAGAAGGAUAUUCCAAUGUACACGUUUCAUAUCUGUUGUGAUCAUUAUGAAUUUAUAAUGUUACAAUUUGGAUUUUAUGGAUACAUUUGAGUUUUAAAUGAAUUCCAUAUGUAUCUAGAAUUUUCUGGAAUGAUUUUUUAUGUUGUUGAUGA